AUGCCUGCAAGACAUCUGCGAAUGUACCAAGUCCAUGGUCCGACUGGUGUGUUUUCACGUACACAAAUGUACACAAACAUAUCAGAUGAGAAGCCAGUUAUCACCCUGCUGGAAGUCUUGGAAUGUGAGGAGGAUAUCCUGGAUGCAGAGUGGCUACAGAAGGAGUCGUUAACUCGAUUAAUCAACCUGAUAGUAAGUACCACAUUCUGCAUCCAACUGCAAUAUAUAUGUGCAAAUAUUAGGAUUAACGAUGGGAUCUCCACUCUCAUCUCUUAUGACAGAUUGGAGAAGGAAUGCGAGAAGUCACCGCUGUAA